ACUUUGAGAACUGCCAUCCUUCGUUGCCCAGUCUGGUCCUGCGCUUUCAUCUUCAGGCUGUCUGUCUUACUUACAAUCACGCUCUCUUCUGCCCCUUCAACAUUCAUUCCUCAACACACUACAAACCGACCCCUCAGUCAAGGUGGUCCACCUGAUCGGGUCUUGGGACAACUUCACCAGAACCUACGUUAUGGAAAGGGACAGCCGCCGGGCCCCCGGUCAGUGGAGGGGUUGCUACACGUUCAAAGACAUCAUCUGUGACGGUGAUGCCGAGAGCAUACCGAAGCGGAAUGGGGGGCUCAAGAUGGGCCACACCUACUAUUACUACUACGAACUGGACGGCGCCUCCGAAACCCACGAUCCUUCCCAGCCGUCGACCACUACCUGCCCCUACCUUCCCGGCCAGACCGUCAACACCCUUUGUUUGCCGAUUGAGCAGUCGGGGAGGAAGCGCAGCGCCUCGUUGACGUCGCUGCGUGAGGAAGAUUUCAAGACGAUGGAUCCGGCCAGCAAGUUUGUCGCUCCGAGGCCAGCGCCAAGCCCGCCCGCACCUGCUCGCCGGAUCGGGACUGCGCCGCUCCGGAUGCAGCAACCAAAGCGCCCGUCGAGGUCGCCCUCACCAGGUUCCAGCUGGAUAUUCUCGCCGCGGAAGCUGUUUAGCCGCAAAUCGAGUUCGCUUUCUCUCAGGGACACCUCGAGUCAGGUCACGCGGCCAGACGACGAGCGGAGCCUCCGGUCGGAAGGCAGCCGCUCCAGGGAUAUCUCGCCCGAAUCGCUCCGCCGGUUCCUGGUAGACGACGCGCCACUCGACCACGAGCACGACGACAGCAGCAACCGCCCCGCGAUCGACAUUCCAGACGACAUCGUCGAGGAGAACGAGGAUGACGACAACUUCGCGACCUCGGCGGUGUCCGAAUCAAUGCCAUUCACGGGCCUGUCGCCUCCCCCACCACGCACAUUCUCGCCGUCCCCUGCGACAACAACCCUUCUCUCGACGCCCGUCGCCGCGUCCCCCAUCCCGACAGGCUCCUAUCUCACCAUCCCUGUGCCCCCGACCCGCCCUCCACCACGCGCCCCAACCCUGCAAACCGCCCCAGACCCAGACGUGCACUCCCAGCCCGCCUUCUCCGUCCCCGCACCCCUUUCCCCGGACUCCCCCACCCUCCCCGUCCCGGGCUUACACCACUCGGAAGACGACGACGAGGAGGAGGAGGAGGAGGAGUACGACGAGGUGGUCGACGAGAUCGAGGAGAGAGUGGACACCGGCACCGACACCGACAACGACCGGCCUCCGACAGCAGUCUGUGACGCCGACGGCGAUAACGACGAGGUCACCAGCGCCGGCGCCGGCGGCGAAAACGGCCCCGUCUCGCUCCUCCCGAAGACGAGCGCCACCGCCCCCGGCCCGAGCCCAAGCCCAAGCCCGAGCCGGAGCUCGAAUGCGGAGAGGAACCCGUUCGCGAGGAACCUGGCUGCCACGCUGUCGACAUACAGCCUGCCGCGCACGGCCGGGGGGGCGGGCGCGGAGGAGAAACUGGGCGGGCUUGACGGUGCUGCUGCUGCGUCGCUGGUUAGUGCCUGUCCGAUUCCGGACGGCGGGUUGGGGGAGCUGGUCAGCGAGCUGGGGUGGUUGCUGGGUUGAUUUAAUCCUCCCUUCCCCCCAACUUUUUCUUUUUCGACUUUUCUCUGUGUUAGUUGGCGUCAAACUUCUGGGACACCCUUUGCUUUGGUUGUUUGCGCUCGUUUGACGUCGUUGUUGGUGGGAGUCGGAUCGGUUGCAAAAGUAGCGUUUUACUUGGUUAGACUGGGUCGGCCGCGGCGGGUUGGGCUUGGCGUGCACCAGCGGGGAGCGGGUAUAUAAACGGCGGGAUAGAUACCUUUUGCUUUGUUUGUUUUCUCUCUCUACCGUAUACAUUGAUUGGGGGGGAAGAGGGACU